AAUGAGCUACAUGGUUACAAAUUUGUUUACUCCAAUUUUCGGUAUUUCUUUAAUAAAUUUGUUUAACGUUGAAGUAAAAUGCGAGAAAUAGUCCACAUACAAGCAGGUCAAUGCGGAAAUCAAAUAGGAGCAAAGUUUUGGGAAGUGAUCUCAGAUGAACAUGGCAUCGACCCCACAGGAACCUACCAUGGAGAUUCUGACCUCCAAUUGGAGCGAAUCAAUGUAUACUACAACGAAGCCACCGGCGGCAAGUACGUACCCCGAGCCAUCCUCGUGGACCUGGAGCCCGGCACCAUGGAUUCAGUGCGUUCGGGACCUUUCGGACAGAUCUUCCGUCCAGAUAAUUUCGUCUUCGGCCAGAGCGGAGCUGGCAACAACUGGGCCAAGGGCCACUACACCGAAGGAGCAGAGUUGGUGGACUCUGUGUUGGACGUCGUGAGAAAAGAAGCGGAAGGUUGCGACUGCAUGCAAGGUUUCCAGUUGACCCAUUCUCUGGGGGGUGGCACCGGCUCAGGCUUGGGCACUCUGCUAAUAUCGAAGAUCCGAGAAGAAUACCCUGACAGAAUCAUGAAUACGUUUUCGGUGGUACCGUCUCCGAAGGUGUCUGAUACCGUGGUAGAGCCCUACAACGCGACCUUGUCCGUCCAUCAACUAGUGGAAAACACCGAUGAGACCUACUGUAUUGACAACGAAGCCCUUUAUGACAUUUGUUUCAGGACGCUGAAGCUGACCACUCCAACAUACGGUGAUUUGAAUCACCUGGUGUCUGCUACCAUGUCUGGAGUUACUACUUGUUUGAGGUUCCCGGGUCAGUUAAACUCUGAUUUGAGGAAACUGGCUGUUAAUAUGGUGCCAUUUCCUCGUCUGCAUUUCUUCAUGCCGGGGUUUGCGCCUUUGACGUCCCGUGGGAGCCAACAAUACAGAGCUUUGACAGUGCCUGAACUAGUCAUGCAAAUGUUUGACGCUAAGAACAUGAUGGCAGCUUGUGAUCCUCGCCAUGGAAGAUAUCUGACGGUAGCUGCGAUUUUCAGAGGGAGGAUGUCCAUGAAGGAGGUCGAUGAGCAGAUGUUGAACAUUCAAAAUAAGAAUAGCAGCUAUUUUGUGGAGUGGAUCCCGAAUAAUGUGAAGACAGCGGUGUGCGAUAUUCCCCCUCGCGGUUUGAAGAUGUCGUCUACUUUUAUUGGAAAUUCUACAUGCAUUCAGGAGUUAUUUAAGCGCAUUUCGGAGCAGUUCACGGCUAUGUUUAGAAGAAAAGCCUUUUUGCAUUGGUAUACAGGAGAAGGAAUGGACGAAAUGGAGUUUACCGAAGCUGAGAGUAAUAUGAAUGAUUUGGUUGCCGAAUACCAACAGUACCAAGACGCUACCGCCGAAGAAGAAGGCGAAUUCGAUGAAGAAGAAGAAGGGGGAGAUGAAGGAGAAAAUUGAGCUAUCGCGUUUUUCAAAUUUUCAAGUUUAACGGUAUACGAAUAUUGGACUGAUUUAUAACGUGUUAUAUUGUAUACUUUUGUAAUAGAUAGUAAAUUGUUUAACGAA